AUGUUGGAGUGUCGUGCAUGUGCUUUGCGCUGCAUUCGGGCCAUCGCUGGCGAUGCAUGGACGAUCAGCACAUCCGUUCAAAGACCUCUCCUACUCACGCCUCGACUCACGAAUGGCCGUCAACGACGAAGUCUGGCAAGUACCGCCACGGCCAAACCAUUCCCAGCCAAACGCAAGAGCAAGGAUGCAGUUGAAACGGAGAACAAGGAGAAAGGUCUUACACUUCAUGAAGAGCGUGCUUUGCAGACCGAACUGGAGUUUCUGAAAGACCCAGUCAAGCUCGCCGAGCAUGUCCAUUACACGCUUCGUAACGAGAAGCCACAGAAGGCGCUGGAUCUGUGUCGAUUGGCGAGCAGGAACAUGUCUUGCAUAGUAUCAUGGAACCAUACCAUCGAUUGGCAUAUGAAGCGUGGACGGGUCAACGAUGCCAUCAAAAUUUACAACGAGAUGAAGAAGCGUGGACAGUUCCCAGACAGCUAUACCUACAUGCUGCUGUUUCGAGGGGUUUCUCAAGAUACUACAAAACUUGGGACAAAGAUCAGAGCAGAGGCGGUCAGCAAAGCAACGAACAUAUACAACAGCAUGACGAGCCCGACGAGCAGAGUCAAGCCGAGUAUCAUGCACACCAAUGCAGUAUUAAGGUUGUGCGCACUCGCAGGUGACAUGGAUGCACUUUGGGGAGUAGCGGGCAAGAUACCGGAACACGGACCUGGUAGUGCGGACACCAUAACAUAUACAACUCUACUCAGUGCGAUUCGAUUUGAUGCUAUUGGGUCCAUCGACGGAACGGCCUAUGUCGAACAGAUCGGACCGCAACGACAACAAGCGGUCAAUGAGGGUCGUCGUAUCUGGCAGGAGGUCAUCGCGAAAUGGCGAAGUGGUGAGCUUCAGCUCGACGCUGAGCUUGUCAGCCAGAUGGGAAAUUUGCUUCGCAUCAGCAAGCGCAUCGAGGACUGGGACGACGUUCUAAGUCUUGUCCAGCAAACCACCAGCAUAGAACGGCAGAUAGCGCCUGUCGGCUCUCCAGAACGCCGCAUUGAGCACGUCCGUCUGGAGCCAGUGGACAAGGAUGUCGAAGAGGAGCCUGCGUCAGUCGUAGACGAGGAUGGAUGGGUCCCAACACCGGCAUCGAAUGCGUUCAAGCCAGUCGCACCACACGCAUAUGAUCCGCAGCACCCCAAGCGACCGACCCGUCUUGCAUGGGUGGAGCCCGGGAACCCCAUUCUGAGCUCCAUCAUUCGGGCGUGCACAUUGAUGCGGAUACCAAAGACCGCGCUAGCAUACUGGAACAUCAUCACAUCGGAGCCGUACAAUAUCAAACCUGAUAUGGCCAACUACCAAGCGAUACUCCGCCUGUACGGGAUCAAUCGACAGUCUGGACAGGCGGCUUCCCUCAUACAACAGAUGCAUGACGUCGGCAUUCAAGUCACCGGUAAGACCUAUCGUGAUGCUCUGGACGUCUGCGCGCGCAACCACAAGUCGAGCAGCACAAUGGAGCACGCCACGCAGAUCAUCGACAACAUGCAAAAGCAUAUGGCGUACCCAGACGUGCCAGCGCUUCGAAAGUAUCUGUCUCUUGCUCUUACCACAGACUCUGGUCAUAUCAUUACCACGGCCAUCGACCGCCUCGAUCCGUUUAUUCACAUUCUUCGAAGCCGCAUGGUCCACGGCGUUGACAAAAAAGUAGGUAUAACCCCGGAGCAACGUCUCGACGACAAAGACGAAACAGCUGGUUUCUUCCGCAACGUGAUCAGCGUCAUCGAUACUCUGAUGAGCCGAGAGCUUGUUCCUAGAGAGCAGUUCAAACUUUGGCACGAACGCCGAUCGCAACUCAACGCUUUGUUGACUCGAUCGCUGAAGACCUUGACCACGUCCCGUUCUCGUCUGCAGCAAAGGAGAAGUGAAAACUUCGAUGGCAGUCCGGCCGGAGAGCAGGGCAAGGACAGUGCGGACUCCCGAAACGCAUAUGCUCCGGUGCCAGACGAACCUCGCUGGAAGCAAGAACGAUUGAGGCCAGAACGAGCAGUGAGAGACUUUGUACAGCGCAGGCCAGGUUCCGAGCCACAAGAGCGGGGCCAUUACUCAUUACGCUUGGAUGCUAAACGUCGCGACUUGCGCAGGGACAGCGAGGGGAGAGACAACGGCAUGGUGGACCUGCCAGGAGAGAUCGCGAUGCGAGAGCAGUGA